CACACCUGUGUUCAGCGCUGGAGAUGAGGUCGGACUGAAUGCUGGGGAGAAACCUGAAGCAAUGUGGGACCUGGAAAGUCAAGCAGAAGAUGACAAUGCAACAGCAAAGGAGGAACGUACCGCAGUGCGUGACUUCUUUAAAGCACUCAGUGAUCUGAAAGGAAAAGAACGAUCGCUUCUGCAUGGAGAAUAUGUCAGCCUUUACAGUUCAUCCACUUCAUUAGCAUUUCUCCGCCUUUGGGACCAGAGCGAGCGCUUCCUGGUAGCCUUAAACUGGGGAAAUGACACUGUUACCAUGACACUGACCAAUAGCGACCUGCCCGCUGAGGCGCGAGUCUGUGCUUCCACAGAUACAGAGAAUCUAGCUGUGGAUAGUAAGGUGUCAGUAGAGAAGUUAGAGCUAGGGCCGAAACAGGCUGUUCUGUUGUCUUAUGCUUUUCCUGGCUAGACACACGGACACAGACAGUCCUUAAUGUCUCAGAUGGGUUUCAACACUGUGCACAGGUUUGGAAAGACUUUGUCUUUUGAGUGGAAGAGUUUAUAGUUUUAAUUGUAUUCUCUAAUAGGGAUACUUUUAGGUGCACUAAGCUAUGUGAAAGUUGUUACAGUUGAUGUAUAGGAUAGAAGUUGAUCUCCAUACAGAGACAUGUAGAUCUAAAGCCCCUGAUUUAAUAAUAAAUGAA